AUGAGUGAAGAUUCUUCCGAAUUAUCUGAUUCCUCUUCUUGCUCGAGUUCCCAUAACGUGGAAACGGUGGCAGUGGAGGUUCAUGAGCAGGAGCCGCAACGGGCCAAGUCAAGUGCCCUGCCAACCACGCCUGCUCCUUGCCAAACACAGCGAAAACGGAAGCGUUCAGGCUCAAAGGAGCGCAGUGAAAAAAGGAGAAAACGUCUC